CCACACGGACAGGGAGGAUUCGAAAGACCGCGAUGCAGCGUGAGGAAACUCAGAACACAGAGAGGACAUCACUAAACAUCCAAGACCACGGCAGCAGAAAGAGGAAACAGAUGUCACCACAGUCUCCACUGAUGUUAAAGCCUUGGAAAACAAAGCACUAUGGCGACUUAAUGGUCAGCUGCUGCUAACACCAGAUCAACACAAAAGUGUAAUAUGGACACGAUGAUGUACGUGGACUACAGAGUCUUCCCUGGUCAGAUAAACGACACGAAGGCAGUCGUCUCUGAUGAUAUUCUGGAUGCAGCUUCAGAGAGUCCUCAGCGGGACAUCAUCAGCCUCGUCCUCUCCAGCCUCUACAUCAUAUUCCUGUUCCCCGUCGGCUUGAUCGGGAACAUCCUCAUCUUAGUGGUCAACCUGCAGCACACGAGUCGCUUGUCGGCCCCAGACGUCUACUUUGUGAACCUGGCCGUGGCCGACCUCGCCCUUGUGGUCGACUCUCUGAUCGAGGUGUUCAACCUCAAGAAGGGCUACUAUGACAGGCCCGGCCUCUGCACCUUCAUGAACCUUUUCCAACAGGUCAACAUGUACACCAGUGUCUUCUUCCUAACCUGGAUGAGCUUUGACCGCUUUGUCGCACUGACUGGCUUCAUUGGUCGCAGCAUGGCGUACGCACGCCUCAGCUGCUGCGUCAUCUGGGUGUCCUCGUCUUUGCUCACCGUGCUUCCUUUCGCUAUAACUCAAAGGCAGCACGCCGGGGAACUCCACUUCUGCUUCGCAAACAUAACCCAGAUUCAGUGGCUGGAGGUGAUGCUGGGCUUCUUGCUGCCUUUCUGCAUCUUGGGUGUGUGCUAUUGGAAAAUAGCACAGGUGCUCCGGCGGGGCCAGAUGGGACAAGACGGCCCACAGCAGAGGCCUCGCCGGCAGAAAGCCCUUCGGAUGAUCUCAGCAGCUGUGUUAGUCUUCUUCCUCUGCUGGCUCCCGGAGAAUGCGUUUAUCAGUGUUCACCUUCUAAGAGGCGACGCAGGCGGCGGCACACUGUGGCAGGACUACCCCCUGACAGGUCAUGCUGUGAGGCUGGCGGCCUUUUCGAACAGCUGCCUGAACCCGCUCAUCUACAGUUUCCUUGGGGAGACCUUUCAGGAUAAACUGAGGAGCAGAUGGGCCAAACUGCACAGGUCAGACUCAGGAAAAUCUAUACGUGGCCACGCAACAUGCUCCAGACCAAGCCAGUUUGCUCAUUUAAGCUCAAACAUCCUUCCACAAACUCUUCUACUGCCCCAAAAGAAAUACCUGUACAAGCAGUGUAAAGAAAUUAUUAAUGGACAAUGUAAAUGCAAAGACCCAGACUGUUGUGGAAACCCUUGUGUUGAAUCAGUUAUUUAAAAACUGUGCAAGUGAAAACCUACUUGGCAAAACAUGACUUUUAGCUCCUGUAAAUUGUUUUUCUCAACACCUUUAAACAUCUUGUAAAGACUGGUGUAUUGCCAGCACAAGUUUUCUGUAUGGAGCCUCACAAAUCAGCAGUCAAAGUUCACCUGAGCGCUCAUAGAAACAGGAUACAAAGAAAACACAGCUAAAACUCUUACCUCACUUUGCUCUGUCAUUUGUUUCUUUCUGUGUUUCUUUUCCUUUUUCUGUUUCGUAUCGUCUGCUGUGAUUGUCACAUGAGCAAUCUGUACUGGAGCUUCCUGGAUUAAAUAAACAAUCAUUUUUA